UCUUUCCACACAUAUCACCACACUGCCUCCGUUCAAGAGAAGAAAUAACUCAACGCAAACCUCAGUUGAACCGACUCGAAACUUCUUACUGGUUGCUUUCAAGCACGAUGUCUGACCCUCGAAAAGCACGCGUAGACGACGAGGACCUCGAUGAUCUCGAUGACGUUCUUGACCAAUUCUCUGCGCCGCCCGCGAAAUCUCAGGCGCCACCGAUAUCCGCGCCACAGACUUCAUCUGCUGAAAAUCCCGCACCGACAGCAAGUGCAUCGCUGCCAAGUUCCAAGAGCGACCCACUCGGGCUUGGUGGCCUCGCCUUGACCGACGAUUUUGCGAGCGAACUUACGCGUGGCAUGGAGUCGCUCAUGCGCGAAAUUAUGGGCGAAGCAGGGCUAGACCCCAAAGCCGGAGCAUCAAGUUCGACUGGAGACGGAGAACCGUCUGAAGAAGAAAUAAAGCGCGAAGAGGCGUUUCGUGCAGCAUGGGAGAAGAUGCUGGUUGAGGGUAUGAACGGCGCACUGGAUGUCGAGGAGUUGUCUGGAGGUACGUCCGGCAAGGAGAAGGAACGGGGAACUGAGUCAACAAGCGGCGCUGCCACAAGCAGUGUGGAUCCCCAAGAUAACUUCCAGACAACUAUUAAGAAGGCAUUGGACAAGCUCAAAGAGAGCGACGCGAACUUGCAGGCCGACUCUCCCGAGUCGUUCGAGGCCAUGAUGGCCAAAUUGGCAGAAGGAUCUCAUGGCGGAGAGUCAGACGAAGAGGCCGCGAAGCUCAUCGAGGGCAUAAUGUCGCAGCUCAUGACCAAAGAGAUACUCUACGAGCCACUCAAGGAAUUGCACGCUAAGUUCCCUGGGUACCUGAAGGACCAUGCCGCCACAAUAUCUGCCGAUGACAAGAAGAGUUAUGACGCGCAAUACGCCGUACUCGAGAAGAUUAUCGCCACUUUUGAUGACCCUGCGUAUUCAGAUUCGAGCACGAAUAACGAUGAGAUUGUCACACUCAUGACGGAGAUGCAAAGCCACGGGUCACCGCCAGCAGCCCUCAUGGGUCCAUUGCCGCCCGGGCUUGACUUUGGCCCAGAUGGUAUACCCCAGCUCCCGGAAGGUUGUGUUAUUGGCUGAACCAUUGUCCACUUCUUGCAUGACUGCGUUCUCUCGGCUCAUUGGAGGGAUAGGGCACCGAUGUAUGUAUAUGUAUUCCAUCCGCUCUGUAUUGGUAUGACCCGUGUAUCGGUACCGUGAGAUGGAGACAAGUGAAUCUAACGAGACUCGCCCGCUCAGCUUUUUGGCGCGUAAA